AUGGCUUACGUCUUAACGGAAACUGCUGCAGGUUAUGCUUUAUUAAAGUCUUCCGAUAAAAAAAUCCACAAGUCCUCCAGCUUGAUCAAUGACUUGAACUCCGUGGAAAAGGUCACCGAGGCCUUCAAGAUUCACAGAUUCGAAAAGUUCCAAUCUGCCUCCAGUGCCUUGGAAGAAGCCAACGCCAUCAUCGAGGGUAAGGUCUCCGACAACUUGAAGAAGUUGUUGGAAGAUGUCAAGUCCGACAAGAAGGCCACCUUGAUCGUUUCCGAGGCCAAGUUGGGUAAUGCCAUCAACAAGUUGGGACUCAACUUCUCGGUUGUUUCCGACGCUGCCUCUCUCGAUUUACACAGAGCCAUCAAGGAGUUCUUGCCUGAGUUGUUGCCAGGCUUGGAUGAAUCCACCAUCAAGCAAAUGUCCCUCGGUUUGGCCCACUCCAUCGGCCGUCACAAGUUGAAGUUCUCGGCCGACAAGGUCGACACCAUGAUUGUCCAGGCCAUCGCCUUGUUGGACGACUUGGACAAGGAAUUGAACACCUACGCCAUGAGAUGUAAGGAGUGGUACGGCUGGCACUUCCCUGAGUUGGCCAAGAUUAUCGUCGACUCCGUUGCCUACGCCAGAAUCAUCUUGGUCAUGGGUGUCAGAUCCAACGCUGCUGAAACCGACUUGAGCGAAAUCUUGCCUGAAGAGCACGAAGAAAGAGUCAAGUCUGCUGCCGAAGUGUCCAUGGGUACCGAAAUCACCGCUACCGACUUGGAGAACAUCAGAGCUCUUGCUGACCAGAUUGUUGAGUUCGCUGCCUACAGAGAAAAAUUGUCGAACUACUUAAAUUCCAGAAUGAAGGCCAUUGCUCCAAACUUGACUGCCUUGGUGGGUGAGUUGGUGGGUGCCAGAUUGAUCUCGCACGCUGGUUCGUUGACCUCGUUGGCCAAGGCCCCAGCCUCUACCAUCCAGAUCUUGGGUGCUGAAAAGGCGUUGUUCAGAGCCUUGAAGACCAAGCACGACACACCAAAGUACGGUUUGUUGUACCACGCUUCAUUGGUCGGUCAGGCCAGUGGUAAGAACAAGGGUAAGAUUGCCAGAGUGUUGGCUGCCAAGGCUGCAGUUGCCUUGAGAUACGACUCGUUGGCUGAAGAGCGUGACGACAGUGGUGACUUCGGUUUGGAGGUCAGAGCCAAGGUUGAAUCCAGAUUGAGCACUUUAGAAGGCCGUGACUUGAGAACCACCUCCAAGGUUGUCAGAGACCAACCAAAGGUUGAAAUAACCGAAGCUCGUGCUUACAACGCCGAUGCCGAUGCUGCCAUCGAUUCUGAUGACGAAUCCGAAACCGAAGAGGUUGACGAAAAGAAGGAAAAGAAGGAAAAGAAGGAAAAGAAGAAGGAAAAGAAGGACAAGAAGGACAAGAAGAGAAAGAGAGACGACUCCGAUGAAGAAGAAGAAGAAGAGAAGCCAGCCAAGAAGGAAAAGAAAGACAAGAAGGAAAAGAAGGAAAAGAAGGANAAGAAGGAGAAGAAGGAGAAGAAGGAAAAGAAGGAAAAGAAGGAAAAGAAGUAA